AUGGCGGUAUUCUCCACUGCACUCCGUCGACUCCGCACACGCCGUCGCCCGAGCCAGUCGACCGAACUCCAUGCUCCCGAACGAGAUCCGCACUCUCCACGCCCAAUCGCUUGCGAUUCUUCGCCUCUUUCGACGCCGGAGCUGCACGAGCGUCGACGCAGCGUCGACAAGGAGGCGCUGCGCGAGCUGGGCGAAGUGAAGGAUGUUGCGGGAGAGUUGCAGGCGUUUCCGGAGCAGGACGAGGAGGAAAUCGACCCGGAUUCCUGGCCUUAUCCUCCGCUCGCCUGUGCUUCUCCUGCACCAACACCACAAACACGCACGAAUCUGAUCCCACUCUCGCCCGCCCAGUCCGACUCGCCCCCCUCAUCUCCGUCCGACUCGCAACUCUCGCUCGUCCCUUCGCCUCAAACCAGCUCGUCCUCCCUCUCGUCUGCGAUUCCAGCAUCGGCACCGGCACUCGGAUUGACGAUCUCCACGCGCCUUGAUUCACAUGGCCACCGCGUCUUGACGAGUCGGAGGAGGCUGUCGAUCGCACCUUCGCCGACGAAGUGCAGGAAGAAAAAGGCGGCGUACGGUGUCGGGGAGGGGGACAGCGAAGGAACGUUCGACUCGGAUGAUGACGAGACAGAGGCAGUACACUUCGACGGCGCAGAGGACGAGCAGCCCGAGUUGACGGCACUUGAGAAGGCGCCCUUGUCGCUUUCUCUCGGCUUCGCGCCAACCUCUGUUCCGCUCGACUACGUCUCAACGCUGAGCUUCGUCGCCGCCGAUGACCUGACGCCCACCUCUCCCCGCUUCUCGGUUGACCUGGCGACGCCCAAGCUCUCGCCAAUCUCGCCUCGGCAGAUCCGCCCUCCUCGCCCUUCGCCGCUGCAGCUCCGGCCACUUUCCCUUCCGACGGCGUCUUCUACUCUGCACCUGACUCCGACGUCGACGCCGGAGCACCAGCCCAUCAAGGUCUUCACGCCUCCUCCGCCUCUCUACCCUUCUUCGCCCACUCGCUCCACCUUCGCCGCUCACUUCACCCGCUCCAACACCCUCCUCCACACUCCGUCAAGCUCCUCUAACAGCUCGAACGCAGGAAGCGGCUCAGCUUCGAACCGCCGCUCGCUGCACUCUCGCAAGACGCUCAAGCGUUUUUCGCGGCACAGCGUCUCGUACCCCUCACCUUCUUCCGCCGCGACACUUCCCAUCGAACCUCCUGCCCUCUCGACCCACAUCUCGCGCCGUCGCUCCUCGUCAGUCGCUCCUCUCACGCCGCUCGAGCGACAGACGAGCGCCUCCUCCGGCUCGUACUCGGCCAGCUCGCCUUCGAUGCCUCCUACGCCAGGCUCGAGCGGCUGCAGCCACGAGCCCUUCUUCCUCGACUCGCCGCCUCUUCCGACCGCCGAGCCCAUAUCGACUCUCGCUUGCGAAUGCGUGUCCAAGCCGUCUCAGGACCACAGACCGUCGACGCCUCCCCGCCGUCCUUCCGUCGUCUCCUUCGACCUACCACCCGAGUCGCCGACCGAGGCGCUCCGCCGCGAACGUCCAACAAGCCACGACUAUCGGCAGAGGCCCUCCACUUCGCCAACCAGGACGAGGGGACACCGUCGCACCUUGUCUGAGGGACAAGCUGUCGGGCUUGGCCUUGACUUGCACCCGAGCUGGAGGCAUGACACGGCGUCGAUGUUGGCGGAGGAACAGUGGGAGCGCGGGAAACUCGUUGUCGUUAAUCCCGACGUGCCCCUUGUCCCAAUUCCUUCCUGUCACAAGCCACUCCGACCUCCGCCUCGUCCUCCUCGCUCGACCAAGCGUCCUUCGGACUCUCCUCGCGCUCCGCCUCGCCCGACUCUCGAGAUCGGCCUCGCCUGCUGA